AUGGUUACGGAAUCAUUAACAAGACCAACAACCGUUGGUGCAUUGGCCUGUCAACGUAAUUCUUUCCUGUUUAACGGGUUUAAAACUACUGUUAUCUCUUGUGAACCGGUUAAGGGGAAACCAAAAGAUCCCGUCAAGUAUUUGGUAGAAUUACAUGAUACGAUUCUUUUCCCUGAAGGUGGCGGUCAACCAAGUGAUUCAGGAUAUCUAAAAUGUUCAAAUGACAGGAUUCCCGUUUCAUACGUUUCGAGAGUCGGAUUACAUGCUAAGCACCAUGUGGGACAAUACAUAGAUCCGGGGACUACAGUUGAAGUGGAAGUUGAUCAAAGUAAAAGAGUUGAUUAUAUGCAACAGCAUACAGGUCAACAUCUGCUGAGUGCAAUCUUAGAAUCAGAACCUUAUAAAUUGGAUACAUUAUCAUGGUCGAUGGGUGGUGUAAUUUCAGCUAAAAAGCCAACUUUGGAAAUCAAUGAUUAUUUCAAUUACAUUGAAUUACCACGUAAAUUGACAUCACAAGAAAUUGAACAAGUUUCUCAUAAGGUAAAUGAACUUAUUUCGAUUAAUCCACAACAAAUUUCUGUCAUUGAAAGAACACCAGAAGCGCAUGGAGAUGUACAGACUUCAAAGAUUCCAGACGACUACGACCUGGAAAAAGGUGUAUUAAGAACGAUCCACAUUGGUGAAAUUGAUUCUAAUCCAUGUUGUGGAACUCAUUUACAAAGGACUAACCAAAUUGGAUCAAUUUUAAUUUCACCGAAUCAAACAAAUAUAAGAGGAUCGAAUUCAAGGUUAUAUUUUAUGUGUGGUAAUCGUGUGGUCAACUAUGGUAUGGCGGUUAAUAAAUUGGUAGGUACAGCAAAGAGUUCACUAAGCUGUUUGGAAUCUGAAAUUCCUGAAAAGAUCGAUAGACAAAGGGACUUGAUUCAAAAAUCUAGUAAAAGAGAACAAUUCUGGAUUAAAGAAUUGGCUUCAUAUGAAUCUGAUAGAUUAUUAGCCAAAGUAAAGGAAGCUGGUAAGGCAUUCUUACUAAAGGAUGAAUAUGGUACUUUAGAGUUUUUAUUACAGGUUUUCAAAGAAUUUACCAAUAAAUUGGGCAAGACUCCAAAUGAAUAUCAAUUAGUAUUAUGUGGACGUGAAAAAUCAACAGAAUCUGGAUCAGUAUUGAUUGUUUCGGAGUCUGGUGAAAAAAUUUCUACCAUUGCAGCUUCGCUAUCUGGUGUGGUCCCAACUCUAAAAGGUGGUGGUGGUAAGAAGGGCGGUAAAUGGCAAGGUAAAAUUGUUAAAUUUACCGAGAACGACUGGAAAUCUGUUAAAAAUUAUUUAGAAACAGAAUUCUAA